AUGUCACCUAACAACGGAAAGUACGUCGUCUUCGACAUCGUCGGGACCUGCGUUUCAUACGACAAGCUUACUGAAGCAGUCGAAAAACAACUCGGUGAAAAGCUGCUGGCCGAGAAUGUAAAGCCCAGUCUUCUCGUGAACACCUGGAUCGAGGCGAGUGAGCGCGAGUUUACUUACCUGUCGAUAACUGGUCGAUAUGUCGCAUUUGAUAAGUUGUUCUCGUCCCUCUUUUAUCGCAUGCUCUGGCUCGCCGGCAUCGAAGAACCACGGUCCUUCGCAAGUGAGGCUGAUAUCGAGAAGAUUAUGCAUGGGUACAUGGAGCUUGAGCCUAGGCCUGACCUCACGGAGUGUUUCGAUAAACUUCGCGCUGCGGGAUUCACGGUGCGUGGCCUGACAGCUGGGGACUUCGACAGAGUGCUUGGAUACUUUGACAAGGCGGGUAUCGAAUUCCCAAAGGAACAUCUGAUCUCUUGUGAUUCAUUUGGCGUCGGUAAGCCGGACCUCAAGGCAUAUGCCUCGACCUUUGAGGAGUUGAAGGGGGCAAAGGAGCUUUGGUUUGCUGCAGCCCAUAUGUGGGACGUAAGCUCAGCUAAGCAAGUCGGAUUCAAGAGUGCCUAUUGUUCUGUGCUGGAAAAAGAGCCUUGUGUGGACAUCUUUGGUGAGAUGGAUGUCAUGUCGGAUACUUUGAGUGAGAUGGCGGAUAAGAUCAUCAAAGCUUCUUCUUGA